CACCAAUCUGGAUGGCUUUAAAAGGGAAUUGGAGGGCUAUCAGUGGCUGCUAGUCCUCAUGGUUAUAUUCAGCUUCCAGUAUCAAGGAUAGGACGCUUUUGUUACACCAGUUCCUGGGAAAGAUUGGUGAACUGGUACUGUGGUACUCGUGUCCUGCCUGUGGGAUCCAGCGGGCAGUGGGCAGCUGUGCUUCUGUAAUGUUCUUGUACUUCUUCCCCAGGGAAAGAUGCAACCAGGGCUUUUGCAACUGGCGACUUCACCCCAGAGGGGCUGGUGGAUGAUGUUUUGGGAUUAUCGCCAUCGGAAAUGCUAACCAUCCAGAACUGGCUUUCCUUCUACAACAAGAAUUAUGUGCCGAUCGGCAAAGUGGCCGGGCGCUUCUACCACCAGAACGGGGAACCUACGGAGAUGCUGAAGCAGGCGAACGCUCUCAUCCGAGAAGGGCAGCGGCUGCAGGCCCAGGCCCAGGCGAAGAAGCAGCGAUUCCCGCCUUGCAACUCAGAAUGGAGCUCCUCCGGAGGGAGCCGGGUCUGGUGCUCCAAGCAGAGCGGGGGAGUUAGCAGAGACUGGAGCGGUGUGCCCAGGAAGCUGUAUGAGCCUGGAUCCGGGCACGGCCACUGCGUAUGUGUGAAGACGGAAACGCUGCCUCUUGCCUGGCCUGGCACCAGCGGAGACUUGGACCAUCCCAACUUGCAGAAGUAUGAAGGCUGCCACCCGCUUGCUGACUCGUGUGCCGUGAAAGAAUGAGCCGGCCGGCCAGCUGCUCGCUUGUGCAUCAGGCUGAGAUCAAGCUGCAUUCAGAAAGGUUUCAUGUUGAUUUGGCAUGACGCUUGAUUCGGUGGACCAUGGUCUGGUGAGAUCUCUGAACUGAGAAUCCAGUGAUUGUUCCAAGUGCAGUUAGAGGGGGGAAAGGGCAGACAAGCAGAUCCACGCCACUCCUUGUAUGGCCAAACUUCAAAUUGUGACUCCGGUUCUAAUGCUCCAGAAUGAGAACUUGAUUUUCCCUUCGUAUUUAGCAAAUUUAACUGUCUGUUUCAUUGGGCCUAAUCUGCCAUAGCUUAAUUCAGAUGUCUCACCCAACCAGGAUUUGCAUUAAUUACCGGUUUGAUCCUGAAGCUCAAAUUUAGCAUGUCUUGCUGUAGGGAAAAAAUGGAUCGCUUCACCAGACCCUUAAAUCCCAAAGUUGCCCAAAAGACGAAGCUGGAUGAAUUCAUUUUACAGGCAUGAACUCAGUGAUACCAUCGAAUUGAGUUAGGUUUCUUUAUUACAAGUAGUUACAUGUUGGCAUAUAAAUAUUGGAAAAAUACAUGGCUUUCCAAGGGCUUAAGGGGAAAAUUUGCAGAAUAAUAAUAAUAAAAAUCUCAGUGAUUCUC